AUGUAUCUGCUCGUCAAGGAACCCUCGGACGAUGACUUCCAGCGCACAGGAGCAUUACUCUAUGCCAAGGUGAAGAGCUUGAUCACUCUUUUGGAGACUGCUGGGCGAUACUCUCUUCGCGUUCUGCAGUCUAGACUCCUGGUUACGCUCUUCGAGCUCGGCCACGACAUUAACCAUUCAGCAUAUGUAUCAAUCGGGACGUGUGCUUCGAGUGGAGUUGCGUUGGGCAUUGACGAGUUGCCCCUGGGACGAUGGCCGCCGGAUAUCAAUGAUUGGAUCAAACAAGAGGAAGAGAGACGAGCAUGGUGGGCUAUCGUCUUGCUUGAUCGGUACGCAAAUUUGAGGCGCGGCAGUCACGCCUUCGUCUCCAGAGAUCCCAGACCGGAGAGCCUUCUCCCUGUCGAUGAUGACGCCUGGGAUCAAGGAGUGUUACCGCCAGGUCCCCCAAUGCCAAUGUCCACACCAUCAAGCACGCGGGUAGGGCCUUUUGCACGACAAGUUCAAGUGGCACAUUUGUUAGGUCGUGUCCUUCGGCAUAUCAAUGAUGCAACGCAAGACAAGCUAUUCCAGCGACAAGAAGCAGAACAGUUGGACCGCACGCUCGCUGCUCUUGCGCUACUACUAACAUUCCAAGCCCAUGAGAAGUACGGAAGUUACUGCGGUGCUAUGGGCAUGGUUAACAGCGCAUUGAUGCUGCUUCGUGAGGCGCCGAGCUGGAACCAUAAUCAUGACAUGAUCGACAAUGGCCAUUUACAGAGGACAAAUACAACUGCGGCUGAUGUCGCCGACGACAUCAUCCAAAAGUAUAACGAGUCUGACCCUAAAACCACAGACUACACUCGCAUACCGCCCUUUGUCAUCUACUCAAUCUAUCAAGCAGGACUUGUCACGAUAUCCCAAUCACCGACCACGCACGAUGCACGAUGUUCAUCGGCGCUGGCUUCCCUGAAGACAAUUCUCGAUCAAUUUAGCAGGCGAUGGAAUGUGGCUAGUAAGAUCUUUCUCAGUUCUUCAUCACGCGACCUUACAGGAUAUCCUAGAUAA